AUGGAUCCCUCCUCAUCUUCCUCCGCAGCAGGUUUGGGCUCGGUUGACCGGCAGCUGCAGCAUUUCAUGGAGGUAGAGACUCAGAAGCAGCGCUUCCAGCAGCUGGUUCGCCAGAUGACGGAACUUUGUUGGGAAAAGUGCGCAAAGGACAAGCCUGGGCCAAAGUUGGACGGUCCGGCUGAGGCCUGUUUUGUGAACUGCAUUGAGCGCUUCAGUGACACGAGCCAAUUCAUCUUGAAUCGACUGGAACAGACCCAGAAAUCCAAGCCAGUCUUCUCAGAAAGCCUCUCUGACUGA